UUUGUAACAUGUGGACGCUGUGACGCUUCGGCUAUCUGUUACUACAUUGGUUUUGCUGUGACAGAAGAGCGGUUGUGAGAUUUAAACUGUUACUCAUUCAUCAAGGUCAAGCAGCACAGGACUCAAGCUGAACCCCCAACAGAGGCUGAGACAUGGCCGGACUCAUCAACUUUGAGGAUGAGAAAGAGGUCAAGCAGUUUCUGGAUAAUUUAGGAGUGGAGUACAGUUACCAGUGCUACAAAGAGAAGGACCCUGAAGGGUGCCAAAGGCUUGCAGACUAUUUGGAUGGGGUGAAGAAAAACUAUGAUGCUGCAGCACAAGUUCUCAAACACAAUUGUGAGACAAAUGGACACGGAGAGAGUUGCUACAAGAUCGGAGCUUACCAUGUCACAGGCAAAGGUGGUGUCACAGAGUGUCUAAAAACAGCAUACUCCUGCUUUAUGCGCUCCUGCAACAGUGGAGGAAAGAAGUCCAUCGACGCAUGUCACAACGUCGGUCUGUUAGCCCACGAUGGGCGAGCGAUGGAGGGGGGACCUGAGCUCACAGCGGCUCAGAAAUACUAUGAGAAGGCCUGCGCGGGUGGCUUUGCUCCUUCCUGCUUUAACCUCAGUGCCUUGUUCAUUGAGGGCAAUUCUAAAGGGCUGCCACCGGAUAUGGCUCUUGCUUUAAAAUAUGCCAACAGAGCUUGUGAGCUGGGACAUGUCUGGGGCUGUGCCAAUGCCAGUCGGAUGUAUAAAUUCGGGCAUGGUACAGAGAAGGAUGAUAAGAAAGCAGAGGAGAUGAAGAAUCGAGCGCAGGAGCUGCAUGGUUUAGAAAAGGAAAGGCAGCUUAAAUUUGGGGAGUAAUUGAUGAACACAUGAUGAAAUAAACAUUGUUUUAAUUUAAGUGCACAUGUGAUGUGGUGUUCAGAUUGUUUACUUGUGCAAACAAAACCUUAUCAGGGUUUUCCAGAGUUGACAAUGAUGUUAGUUUUCAAAUGAAUUUGUGACAGUAUAUGGAGCUGCUUGGAGGAUUUAUGGAAAGAUUAUGGAAUUUGUCAUUAUUUUUACUGUAUACAAACCAUGUCAAUGUUAACACUAUAGAUGGAUCUUGCGGUGUUGUUAGUUAUUCCAUCAUCUUCUGUAGUUGCAGCAUAUAAACAAAGGAUUAGGCACACACGUGCAAUAUCAAAGUAGUGGUGGUGUUUGGGUAAAAACACUAACAGAGUAGAUCCCAUAAUAAUAUAAAGACCCAUCUGCAAAUGACAAGGACAUUUUACAGAGCAUGUUUCAGUAAAGCCAUGCACACAAAACUUAACAAUGGAAAAUUAUGACAGUUGUAAAAAUCAAAAAAUGUGACAAAAUUAUGUAAAAAUGACUACAAAACACAAAAUUUCAGUGAUGUAUAGUGAAAUUACAUUUUUUUUUUAUUAUGAAUAUUACUUGCCUUUCGCAUGCAAUUUUUUGGUCUUUUGCAUCCCAGUCAUUUUUAUUAAUAGCCUUGUUCAAAUGUGCAUGAAGUUAAAAUGUAAAUAUCACAAGAGUGAAAGUGAGACAGUUGUUAUAUAUCCCAACAAAGAACUCCAUUAUCUAUACCCACAUAGUUCUGUUCAAGGUCUUUUUCUGCUGGAGCUUAUCACAGCUGUGGGGUGAACACCACAUAGGAGUACAGGUCAUCAGUCCAUCACAGGGCCACAAUAGUUAACCUCAAACACUCACACUCAGUCCUCUGGAGAAUUUAGAAUCCCCAUGUCCAUCCAGAUAGAUGUUUUUAAACUGUGUGAGAAUAUUGGAGUACCCAGAGAAAACACAUGCAUGCAGGGUGUACAACAUGCAAACUACACAGUAAGACCCGGCUGGAUGCCCAAGCAGGUACGUUCUUGCUGACAGAUUUUUUCUUACAAAAAUAUUUGUCUUACAAAGCUGUAACACUGAUUUCAAAAUAUGCACUCAAUAAGGUUAGUGACGUGGCUCACUCCAGUCUCUA